AUGGAUAUUAAAUUAUUUUUUGAUAAAUAUAUUGAUAAAUUAGUAAAAGGGGGAAAUAAACAAAUAUUUGAUUUGAAGUAUUGGAAUGUUUUUAUUGAUACAAAGAAUGAAUGGAUUGAAAAUAUUUUAAUUCAACAAAUUUCUUCCAAUAACAAAAUUAAAACAAUUAAUAAAGUUAUCAAAAAUUUUGAUAAAAAUUUAUCUUUAAUUGGAGAAAUGAUUGUUGGAAAUUAUUUUAUUUUUGGAGAGGAACCUACAAAUGCAGAUAUUUGUUUAUUUGCUGUAUUAAUUCAAUUCUUCGAAGGCCCUUUUUUGAAUAUUCCACAGCUUGAUUACUUUUUCCGAUUAAAAGGAUCUUCAAAUGAUGUUGGAAGUACAAGUCAAGUUUAUAACCAAAAAGGAAAAGGUAAAGAAAUUAUUAAAAAUGAAGAAGAAGAAUUGAAUGAAUUUAAAUAUAAUAAUGAAGAGAUACCAAAUGAAAUUGAAAAAGAUGAAAUUGAAGAAGUAAAGGAAAUUGUUGAGAAUAAAGGACUUAUAAUUAAAUUUGAAGAUGAUAGAAUUAAUAUUUUAUUUAAUUUUGUACAAAAUAUGAAAAGAAAAUUAGGUUUUAAUGAAGAAAGUGAUUGGCAGAAUUUGAGAGAAUCUCCAUGGGAAUUGAAUUAUGAACCUGAGGAUUUUUCACAAAAAAGAUAUAUUGGUCCAUUCCAAAUAGAAACAGAUGAAUUACUUGGAAUAAAUAAAUUACUUUUUUAUGAAAGAAUAAUUGAUCUCUGGUCAUUAAUUACUCGCAAAAAAAGAUUUGAAAAAAAUAAAAGGGAUAAAUUAUGGAAAAAAAUUAUAAGAAUAAUAAAAGGCAAAGCAAAACCUUCAAUUGGAGAUUUUGAUGAAUUAAUACAAAAAAUUUUAGAAAAAUUAAUUUCAUAUAUUCACAGCACUUUUUGGGAUUAUAUUAAAAUUAAAUAUUAUGGAACAAUAACUCUAAAUUGUUUGGCUAGUUAUUUGUGUAAUUUGGGAAGAGGAAAAACUUUACAAGAGGGGGAGGAUUGUAAAGAAUAUUUUUUUGAAAAAGUAAAAAAAUAUGGGGAAAUUGUUUUUAGAGACAUUGAAAUAUUUAAUUUAAAUUCUGCUGAAAGUUUAAAAGAAAAAAAGAAAGAAAUAGCUUUAAUAUCUAUUCAGCAAUGUUAUAUUGCUGCUAAAAUAUCUAAUGAAUCAAUUAAAGAAAUUAAUGAAUUAAAAAUUAAUGAAAAUAUAAAUAAAGCUAUUAAACAAUUAAACAAUGAUGAAGAAGGAGAAGAGGGAAGAAAUUAA